AAAAAAAAAAAAAUCUCCUUUCUUCCCUCCAUUUCUCAUUCUGCAAACCCUCCCCCAAAUCCCACACGCACACCAUUAAACCCACACAUAAAGAAACGAUUUUUACCCGAACUGAAAAGAAAAAACAGCAGCCAAAAAUCUCUCAAUCGGAAUUUUUGAAAUGGGGAAAGACGACGAGGAGAUGAGGGGAGAGAUAGAGGAGCGGCUGGUGAACGAGGAGUACAAGAUUUGGAAGAAGAACACACCCUUCUUGUACGAUCUGGUCAUCACCCACGCGCUCGAGUGGCCGUCGCUCACCGUCGAGUGGCUCCCCGACCGGGAGGAGCCGUCCGGCAAGGAUUACUCCGUCCAGAAGAUGAUCCUCGGGACCCAAACCUCCGAGAACGAGCCCAAUUACUUAAUGCUGGCUCAGGCUCAGUUCCCACUCGAAGAUGCCGAGAACGACGCCCGCCUUUACGACGACGAGCGCUCCGAAUUCGGUGGGUUCGGAUGCGCCAACGGGAAGGUGCAGAUUAUCCAGCAAAUUAAUCACGAUGGGGAGGUCAACCGAGCUCGUUAUAUGCCCCAAAACCCGUUCAUCAUUGCAACCAAAACAGUUAGCGCAGAAGUUUAUGUUUUCGAUUACAGUAAACAUCCCUCUAAACCUCCAUUGGACGGUGCGUGCAACCCCGAUUUGAGGCUGAGGGGCCACAAUACCGAAGGGUAUGGCCUGUCGUGGAGCAAUUUCAAACAGGGUCAUUUAUUGAGUGGCUCGGACGACGCCCAGAUAUGUUUAUGGGACAUAAAUACGACUCCGAAGAAUAAGUCUAUCGAUGCAAUGCAGAUUUUCAAGAUUCACGAAGGUGUGGUUGAAGAUGUGGCGUGGCAUCUUAGGCACGAACACUUGUUCGGUUCGUGUGGAGAUGAUCAGUAUCUGCAUGUAUGGGAUCUUCGUUCUCCAACGGUGAACAAGCCUAUACAAUCUGUCGUUGCUCAUCAAAGCGAGGUAAACUGUUUAGCUUUCAAUCCAUUCAACGAGUGGGUUGUGGCAACUGGCUCUACCGACAAAACUGUUAAAUUAUUUGAUAUGCGAAAGAUUACUACUGCCCUCCACACCUUCGAUUGCCACAAGGAGGAGGUUUUCCAGGUUGGAUGGAAUCCGAAAAACGAAACUAUCUUAGCUUCUUGUUGUCUUAGUAGGAGACUAAUGGUCUGGGAUCUUAGCAGGAUCGAUGAAGAACAAAGCCCGGAAGAUGCCGAGGACGGCCCACCGGAGUUGCUAUUCAUACACGGCGGCCACACGAGCAAAAUCUCCGAUUUUUCAUGGAACCCUUGUGAAGAUUGGACUGUUGCUAGUGUUGCCGAAGAUAAUAUUCUUCAAAUUUGGCAGAUGGCUGAAAAUAUUUAUCACGACGAAGACGAUUUACCGGGAGACGACUCUACUAAAGGUGCCUAGUUCUUUUUUUUUUUCUUUUUUCUUUUUUAUUCUCCAAUCGAAAAAAAAUUAGUAUGAUGAUUUUAGAUAAAGAACUGCAUUUGUGUAACUUAUUGUUAUGUACUUAGAUUAAUCUGGUUAUUUUGUUACAUUUGUAUCAUUAUGUAUUCGAGUUUUUGAUUUAACGAGUCUGACGUUGAACUCGGUUUGUUGUUGAAACUCGUUGAUUUGCUGUUAAAACCAUAACAGGCUGUUUUUUUGGUCUA